AAAUUUUAACAGAUUGGCAACAGUGAAUUUGAAAGUUAGCGAUUUUUAACUUAUAUCGUACCGUUCGUUGUGUACAGAUAUAUUGUGAAAAUGAUCGUCAAUCGAGCGAUUCGCAAUAGUAGUUGAAGAUUUUUGUUGACAGUUUUUACUGUAACUACAUCAAAAUGGUGAAGAAUUUUGUGAUUCCUUUGAUGAAAGAUGAGCUUCUUACGAUUCAUGCCGAUCAGUACUUCGUCAAGGAUGUUGUACCCCUACGAAUGCUGACACAAGCUCUCGAUGUUACAAAAUCAGCGUUAGAUAAAAACGGUGUGGAUUUUGUUCUGGACCAUUUUGAUACAUUUUUCUCUAUCAUUGCUCAUGGCAAUAAAGUAGAAAUAGAAGUCGUCCAGCGUGCUUACAAUAGGAUUUAUAAGGCGGUGCAAAUACUCGUGGAUGACCUAGAAAAGAUAUUUGAUUAUGACAAAGAAAUUACAGAUGAGGAGGAGAGAGAAAAGUACUUGUGCCUUAAUAAUAUGCUGGCAUAUUUACUUUCGUAUCUUGUCUGUCAUAUUAACGAACAUUUUGCAAAAAAUGUGUAUGAGACUGUUGGGAAGUAUAAGAAAAAUACAAAGUCAAAUGGUGAGGAGGAAUGGGAAGACUCUAGACAGAAGGCUUUGGAACUUCUGUAUCGAUGGCUGCAGUUACCGUUGUACAAAAUCUGGAAGCCACCGAUCGUCGACAAUUCAUUUGUUAUGACUUUGGCGAAUAUAUGUUAUAAGAUACUGGAACAGAGUAAAGAGGCUAAACAAAAACAAACCAGGCAAACCAUAUUUGAGGUUUUGGGCACCUUGAUCAAAAAGUACAAUCACGGGCUAACCAGCGUUGUGAGAAUUAUUCAGUUAGUGAAAUUGUAUGACGCGUUAGCGAUACCCAUAGCAGUUGGCGUGGUGCACAUGACCACGGAAUGCAGCUGCAACGGUCUGUUAAGGGAGAUGAUGAACGAGAUCGGGCAUAACGACAUUGGCGAAACGCAUAGCCGUAACAUAUCCAUAUUUCUCGAGAAUAUCGCGAUCUCGCAACCUGAUCUCAUUAUUCCUAUUCUCGACGAUAUCACGGAGUACCUGUCAAACGACUUUUAUACCAUGAGAAACUGCGUGAUCGGAGUCAUGGGUGCGGUGGUGCAGAAAGCGUUGAACGGCGAGGAUCUCACGAGUGAACAGAAGGAGAAACGCGACGAAUGCCUGAAUCUUUUGGAGGAGCACAUUUUAGAUUGCAACGCUUAUGUGAGAUCAAAGGUGCUUCAGACUUGGCAACGCUUGUGCUGUGAGGGUGCUGUACCGAUAGCGAGACACGCGAAGCUUUUGGCCGCCACUACGUUGCGUUUGGAAGACAAGAGCGCGAAUGUGCGAAAACAAGCUCUUCAGUUGCUGCGCGCUUUGUUGCAGAGCAAUCCCUUCGCUGGCAAGUUGAAUUGCGAUGAACUUUCCAAGACGUUGAAGGAGGAGAAAGCAAAGCUGCAAGAGCUGCAGAGUCAACUCGCGAGUAACAGUGGACGAGGUCACGCGCAGAGAUUCGAGCUUUGGACCGCUUUAGAGUCGGAUAUAAAGGCGGCGAUAAAGAAGAUUAUUAAAAAUGACGAAGCGGAAGAUGAAGAUGAUACAGAUACAGAAGACGAAGAGAACAUUGAUCCGAAUCACAUGUUCGAACACAUAAGACAACUGUUGUUGAAUCGAAAGGUCACCGCGGCGGUGAAGUACCUAUGGACAACCUGUACGAAGUUGAAAGAAAAUCCUGAGAUGGAAAAUCUGUCCGCUAUCGCGAAGGAGGAAUGCCUAUUCACUUUUUUGCUCAAAAUCUUCAUAGAGUCGGAGGAUGAUUCGCUGGAGAAUGAAAACGGAGAUGCGGUGAACAACGCGGACAAAUUAAACCAAGUCAAUAAGAUGAAGGAGGACAUUAACAAGCGAAAGCGCAUCAUAAAUUAUUUAAACAAUUGUCUAGAGUUCGCGACCAAGUUGGAAGAUACGAUACCGAUGGCGAAGAGACUGCUAUUUUCUACAUGUGCCAGCGACGCCGUGGAAUCGUGCACUUUCCUGGGAAUCGCUUUCCAGUUUGGAGUGACCGGAGCGGCCGACUGUAUGCGCGAGACACUGUUUCAAGCCUUUCAUCGCGAUCAGUCUGUGCGUAACAACCUAGCCGCGGUAUACAAGGAGAUUUACCUUACCUCCGACGACAAGAAAUCGACUCGUCAAAUAGCUGUCACUCGCGCAAACCAUCUGAUCAACUUGAUGAAAAAGCUACAGCCCGGACAGAGCCCGGCUUUGACACAGCUGAUCGUAACGUGGUAUAAGAACGAGGAGCUGAACAGCGAAUUACUGCAGGUAUUAUGGGAAAAGUUCUGCUUGAAAUAUUCGGGCACGUCACCGAUCGACAGCAGAACGGCGUUGAUGAUAUUAACAAUGAUAGCUCAAGCGGAGCCCGACAUAGUAACUGACAAUCUGAAUAUAUUAGUGACGAUAGGAUUAGGCCCGCGCGCGAAGGACGAUCUUCUUUUAGCGCGGGACACCUGCAGAAUGUUGUUGAAGAUCAAACAAAAUAGCAGGGACGUCGAAAAAGCGCCUCUGAGGUAUCCUAACGAUCACGACAUAUUUCGAGAAAUUUUGAUAUUGUUAAUAGACACUUUUACCAGCGUCGGAGAGAAAACUUACAUUUCAUUCGCGACUGACGCGAUCAACGUCAUAUAUCACUUGGCGAAUCAAUCUGAUCAGUUGAUAAAGAAAUUAUUGCUGGACAUUACGGAGAAGGGCCAGUUCACGAACAGAGAAGCGAGUCAAGAACCGAUUGUGUCGUGCACCGCGCUCUCGAAACUGCUCUAUGUAGUCGGACACGUCGCCAUCAGGCAGAUGAUUCACUUGGACGUGUCCAUUUACAAGGAACUGAAACGUAGAAACGCGGUGCGCGAGAUGCGAGGUAAACGCAAGAAACGUACGUCGAAGAACGUGGCCUCGACGAGUCACCGAGAUAUUAGAGGCAGAGCGAACAGGUCUUUUACGUCAAACAAAUCUUUGUCGCGGAAGGAUAGCUCGAUGAUUUCUACGACUUCGGAAGAUAAUGGAGAUAAUGGAGAGGAGGCUUUGGAGGGUGCGAUGGACGACGCCGAAGCGGAAUUUGUGAACGGCGCCCUCGAAAACGAGAUUGUUACCGGUGACGGCUUGCUCGCGAAAUUUAUUCCGCUGGUGUUGGAUGUCUGCCAAUAUCCCGACAAGUAUAACAACGACGAGAACGUGCAAGCGGCUGGUUCGCUGGCGCUCAGCAAGAUGAUGACGGUGAGCUCCGAGUUCUGCGAGCAGUCCCUGCAACUCUUGGUCACGAUACUGGAACGGUCGCCGUAUUCCGGAAUCAGAUCGAACAUGCUAAUCGGAUUGAGCGAUCUCGCCACUAGAUUCCCCAAUCAGGUGGAACCUUGGUCGAAGCACAUUUAUGGCAGACUUCGAGACAAUGACAUAAACGUGCGUAGAACGUGCGUGCGUAUGUUGUCGAAUUUGAUAAUGAGGGAGAUGAUACGCGUGAAGGGACAGGUUUCGGAACUGGCCCUUUGCAUCAUUGACGAGGACGAGCAGAUUCGACAGGAGACGAAGGAAUUCUUUAAUCAUCUCAGCCAGAAAGGCAACACUCUAUAUAACAUAAUGCCUGACAUAUUAUCGCGCUUAGCGGAUCCUGAGUUGAAUCUCAACGAGAAACAGUUCCAGGAAACCAUCAGGUACAUUCUCGGUCUAAUGCAGAAAGAGAGACAGAUAGAUACCAUAAUCGACAAAAUUUGCGCUAGAUUCAAAUUGGCCGCCACGGAAAGGCAGUGGCGUGAUCUCUCCUACUGUCUUUCGCUACUGCAAUUCAGCGGAAAGAGUAUACGACGUCUCAUCGAAAGUUUGCCGCUAUUGAAAGAGAAAAUUCAUCACAAGCCGGUGUUAACGGUAUUGCAAAAUAUCAUCGAGCAGACGAAGAAAAAGGCGGACGCGAAGGCCGCUUGCGCGGAAUUGGAGGAGAAAAUACAAGAGCUUCUAGAGACCGAGACAGAAAAUAGUGAGGUAACAGAUCAGAUUCUGAUGCCACCACCGAACACCGUGCCGCAAACCAGAAAAAAUGUCUAUCAGAGCAGACGCAAGAACAAGAAUUAUGAGGAUAAUGAUUCUUCCGACGAUUCCGAGGAAGAUGCAAACAAUACGCCCGUUAAAAAGAAAUUAAGAUAUAGUGUCGAGAAAGCAAGAAGUAAAAGGAUCUCUCGUUCAAGAUCAAUCGCAAAGUAUACUGAUGAUGAUAGUGAUGAUGACAACAACGAUGACAGUGCAUUAGUUACUCCGGUGUCUGUGAAGCACGGCAAAAGAGAGCGCCAAUUUACGGAGAAGAAAAAAGUAACGCUUAGCAGUGGCAGUGACAGCAAUGCAUCGCCGAUAACGAAAAAAAAUAAGAUCAAUAAAUCGCCGCAGAUAACUCCGAAAAGGACUUCAACUCGAUUGCGUAAAUAAUAUUUUGGAAUCGUAAGUUCACAUAAAUUGUCGGUGGAAUAUGUACUCGCGUGAUGAGAGUGUACAAAAGUUCGUUAUGCUACAUCGCGGGAGACGCUGCGUUUGAACGUCAUCGAGCGCACUUCCGUCGCUCCGGGUUUCCCGGGUUUGCCAGGCGCGGAAGAAGUGCCAGCAUUCGGCGUAGGGCUCUGUGAAAGAGACGCUCGUUCGUCGUUGUUGGAUUUUUCG